GUUUACAUUCAGUUUUAUGUUUUUUCAUAAAGCCUUACAGUGUCACAGUGUCUCUUUAUGUUUGUGUCAAACCCACCGCUUCAAGAAAGACUCUGUAUUUUGUGAUAUAUUAUUGAUGUGUCUGGGAAACUCUAAUGAAGUGAAAUAUAGCCAGAAUCAGCUGCCAGAAGGUGCCUGUGCUCAAGCUGACAGUCGCUAUGUAUCUGCCUGCAGGUGUGUGCGUGCCAGCAAUGGACCUGAAGGAGGGCUGUGGAAGCGAGGCCAGCCGUGAGACUGAGAGUGGAGGCAUGGGGAGCCUGGGAGGCCCCACGUCUUGGCAGUCCUUUGCCCAUCGAAGCACCCUGCACAGUUUACGCUUCAUCUUCCCCUACUCCACUUCUUCCUCCCCCUACCGCUCCACUUCACGCCGUCUGCUCUGGAGCGCGGCCUUGCUGGCCAGCCUGGUCCUACUUGUCCUGGAGAGCACCGAACGGCUGGCGUACUUCCUCUCCUACCCCCACGUCACUAGUGUGGAUGCUAUGGUUUCUGGCAGCCUAGUCUUUCCCGCCGUCACCGUCUGUAAUCUGAACGCCUACCGUUUCACGCGUCUCACGCAGAAUGACCUCUACCACGCCGGGGAACUGUUGGCCCUGCUGGACGUGCACCUGCAGAUCCCUGAGCCGCACCUGGCCGAGCCCCACGUGCUGGCCUUUCUCACGGAGAAAUCCAACUUCACUAACUAUCGGCCCAAGCCAUUCAGCAUGCAGGAGUUCACUGAACGAGUGGGCCACGACCUGAAGGAGAUGAUGCUCUACUGCCGUUUCCAGGGCCAGGAGUGCAGCCACCAGGACUUCAAAACGGUGUUUACACGUUAUGGGAAAUGUUACAUGUUUAACGCUGCUGAAGAGGGGAAGACUUUGAGGACUACAAUGAAAGGAGGCACGGGCAACGGCCUGGAGAUCAUGCUGGACAUCCAGCAGGAUGAAUACCUGCCUGUGUGGGGAGAAACAGAAGAGACUGCAUUUGAGGCAGGAGUGAGGGUGCAGAUCCACAGUCAGGCAGAGCCUCCCUUUGUACAUGAGCUGGGCUUCGGAGUCGCCCCAGGCUUUCAGACCUUCGUGGCUACCCAGGAGCAAAGACUGACAUACCUUCCUCCUCCGUGGGGCGAGUGUGUGUCCAGAGUCCUGGAUUCAGGCCUCUUUCAGGUGUACAGCGUGUCUGCCUGUCGCAUUGAGUGUGAGACACGCUACAUCGUCGAAAACUGCAACUGCAGAAUGGUCUACAUGCCUGGUGAUUCUCCGUACUGCACUCCUGAACAGUAUAAGGAUUGUGCUGAACCUGCUCUGGCUGCUCUGUCAGCUGUUGAAGGCACAAACUGCAUCUGCAGGAGCCCCUGUAACAUGACUCGAUACAACAAAGAGCUUUCCAUGGUUUGCCGAACCAUUGGUUCGAUUUUUAUUUCACUGCAUGAACCAAUGGCCGUGCAGUUACACUACGUUAUUAAAAAAUUUGGACUAUCAGAGAAGUACAUCACGGACAAUAUCCUAGUUCUGGAUGUGUUUUUUGAGGCUCUGAAUUAUGAGACCAUAGAGCAGAAGAAAGCAUACGAGGUGGCGGGUCUACUAGGUGAUAUUGGUGGUCAGAUGGGUUUGUUUAUCGGUGCAAGUAUCCUGACCAUACUGGAGCUAUUUGAUUAUGCAUAUGAGGUGGUGAAGGAGAGACUGCUGGACCUGCUGAACAGAGAGGAGGAGGAAGAGAGUCAUGGAGAGGAUGUGAGUACCUGUGAUCCGGUGGUAAACCACUCGGAAUCGAUUAGCCACACGGUCAGUGUUCCCCUCCAGACCACCCUGGGCACUCUAGAGGAGAUUGCCUGCUGAGCACCGUAACCCCUCCACACCAACAGGGGGAGCCGGGCCACUCCACUCCAAUGGGUGAAGGACAGAUUAAAACGGGGGGAAAAGUCUCUAUUGCUUUUUCUCAACAUGUCAUCAUUUGGCACAAACAUGAGAACUAGAAGCCAAGGAGCUUCUAGAGGAACAUGAGGACCCCAAAGUUUCUCACAAACACCAUCUGUUUGUUCUGGACUCAUGAAGGAAAGCAGAAGCUUGUGGACCUGUCGGGACAGUCACUUGUAAAAAUAAGACAAACAUGAAAACACGAACAUGUGAGGAACUGCAGAUGCGCACAGCCUCUCUCUUUCUCUCUCUGCCCAGACGCCAUUUUGAAAUCUACUGCCAAAACACUGUAAACUAUUAACAGAGAAAAUGUUGUGAAACUGUUCUAACUGUGCAUGUGUCAGUUUCAUGCGUUACAAUACGGUUUUCUCGAACCUGUCAUCCUCUCUCACGUGUGGAGAACAUUUUGUCUUCUUGUGCUGUUUGUUUGCUAUGUGUUUCUGCAUCUCAGUUGGUUUCUUGAUGUAUCAGAGAUGCAUCAUAAAACUGAGAGCCCCUUUCUUCUAUCCUUUUUAUUUUUCUAUCCUUCAUAGAAAAGUCGAAUGGGUCACGGUACAAUGGCAGCCAUUAUGAGCCCAUUGUGGCUGCAAAUGGCUCUUCUACAUGCUUUCUGGAUCCCAUUUGAAAAAUAAGAACAAAGAGAGUACAGAAAAUAAGUGUUUUUGUCGCUUUCUGCAUUAGAAUAUAGUGAUACAACUAGCGGUUUUCAUUUUGUUACAUGUGAGAGCGGUGUUAAUUUGUCAUUUAAUGCUGAUAUUAGAAAGCUGAUACAUUAGCACUUUUCAGAGAUUUUUUUGACAGCAAUCAUAAUUCCGCUUUCCCAACUAUUGUAAGUGGGAUAUUUUCAAACAUAUAAAGGAUUUAGAGGAGUUCAUGGUGGUUUAUUAUGUGAGCUGUCGCUCUACUGUUGUCUAUGUCUCAUCUCCUCAUUUUAGAGCUCUUCAUCUAUGCUGGGGUUAAUUAAUGCUGUAAUUGUCAUAUGUUAGCUGAUAUUUACUAUGUUCCCACAUUGCUCUUUGAUGAUGGAUUAUAGACAAAAAUGUGUGAUUCUGUUCUUUUCUGCUCUCAAACUAAAUGUGAGGUUCUCGUAUCACUAUACAUCAGUAUGAAUGAAACCUCAAUUGACCCAAUCAUUCUUCAACAUGUACAGUGUUUCAGCCAAAAUUCAUUAACUGAGGGCAAAUCAUUUGUGCAGAAUGUGCUUAGGCUGAAAAUAAUGAAAGGAGGGUCAGUUCUGGGUGAUGAGAGUGAGCUUGGUUGCAUUUCUCAAUUUAACUCCCUUCAAUAUUCAGUUUAAGAAUAUUGACCGGCACAAAAUUCAGUCACAACAUGAAAAGCAAGAAUCAGAGCUUGUGUGUUAAAACUGUAGGUGACACUUUUAAACAAACUGUUCUGGGACACAAAAAAGGCCGCUGGCAGACAAGUAACACCAGAAAUUUGUUGAGAAGUCCUCGAAUCUACAUAUAAAUGAAGGUAUUUAAUCUGGUUUAAUAAGCCCAGGCUUUCACACAUGACCUAGGGCCCCCUUGACCAAUCAGAUUUGAGCUUAGAGGCAGUAUGCGAAUAUCUGUCAUAAAUAUCCAUGCUCAGAGAUUUUUCUUAGAGGAUUAUUAGUAGUUAUUAUUUUCAUGCCCCCUUCUGGAGCAACAGUAUUAAGAGGCGUGAUUUGCGCCUAUAUCAUAAUGCAAAAUUUAUCAAACAAAAACAUUAAGAGCGGAAACAUUAUAAUUUGGCCACAAGGAAUAGAACAAUGAAUGUGUGCUAUGGGUUGUUUGUGGCAUGUGAGAGAGCCAUGUGAUUGUGUUAAUACAGACACAUGUUGCUUAAUGUGUUAUAUUUUAUUCUAUAAAUAUAGUAGGUAAAAAAAAAGCAAAUAUCCAGUCUGAACAAUUUUCUGAUUUGCAAAGUAUCUGUGACUGAAUGUAAAUGUUUUUAGUUGUUUUAUUUGCAAUUCAAUUUGCUAAUCAAAUGUAAUGGGCUGUAGAGGAUGAAUGUCUUAUCCUUAUUUGCCCUAAAAUGUGAUGAUUUCUUCUAAAUAUGUCAAAGAUAAAGCUGUAAACCUCAGAGGGUUUCAAGCACAUGCAAAGAAAAAAAAUAGCCAAACAUGUACACACUACAAAUGCAGAAACCCACAGCAUCUGUCCAUACUUACACAACAGUAAACUAAGAAGUUACUCAUAAUGUUAAACAGUAAAUUUAGUAAACUCUUUCUUGCCAUGCGGACAAACACCAAAGGGGUGUCACGUCACCUUUGCUAUUUUCUCAUUAGGAGAAACCUGAGGGGUUGAUGGUUUCUAACUCCAAUGUAUAAUUGCUUCAGUACC